UCUUGGGGCCUUCAAGGCUUCUAAAUCCAGACCAGUCCAAUAAUAAUGGGACCAUAAAAGGUGGUUUUGAAUUGGAUCAUGGUAACAAUCCAUUCUCUUCUCAUUUAUUUUUUAACCCGACGAAUCAUUUGUCACAGCGCUUUAAAAACCCUACUUUGGCCGCCGUUGCUUAUUCGCUUCUUCUCUCCUGUCCCCAAAUUUCUUCGUCCUUCACAAAAUGUCUCUGGUGGCCAACGAAGAUUUUCAGCACAUUUUGCGUGUGCUGAACACCAACGUUGAUGGAAAGCAGAAGAUUAUGUUUGCUUUGACCUCCAUCAAGGGUAUCGGAAGGCGUUUCGCUAACAUUGUUUGCAAGAAGGCCGAUGUCGACAUGAACAAGAGGGCUGGUGAAUUGACUGCACAGGAGCUGGACAAUCUCAUGACCAUUGUUGCGAACCCCAGGCAAUUUAAAAUUCCUGACUGGUUUUUGAAUAGGCAGAAGGAUUACAAGGAUGGAAAGUAUUCCCAGGUUGUGUCUAAUGCUCUUGACAUGAAGUUGAGAGAUGACUUGGAGCGCUUGAAGAAGAUCAGGAACCACCGUGGUCUGAGGCACUACUGGGGCCUUCGCGUCCGUGGGCAGCACACUAAGACUACAGGUCGCAGAGGCAAGACUGUUGGUGUCUCUAAGAAGCGUUGAAUGCUACAUAUAUUUUGAACAAAUAUUGUAUUGUCAGGCAGAGAGUUAAUUUCCUUGCUUUUAAGUACUGUUUGCAUCAAGUCAAAUUUUGUAUGUGAUUUUCUUAUUCUGAGCUUGUUUCAAACCUUGCAGACAAGUUGUGCUUGAUCUUUAUCUGUUGCUAUUAAGAAUAGUUGCAUUGAUAGAUGUUUAUGCUUAAAUGUUGUUUCUUUGAAUUUUCAAUUCCUUUGGCUCUUUUAUAGUUUGUUUUAUGAUCUAGGACCCUUGGCAAUUACUUGUAGGCAUCAAUUCUUUUUCUUGGGGUUUUGUUAAAUUUCCAGCUAAUAAAUAAUUGCGACUUUGAUAUAUUUCACAUCAAUAAA